GCUUCAGUCACCCGUAAGAUCUUGUCCGAGAGACAUCGUAGCCACUUUACUGACGAAAGAGACCUCUUGACCGAAGAUUUUUAUACUCAUUUUUACUGUGCUGCUCAUCAAGAUUUACUUUCAAACAAUUGUUUGCGUGAUGUUUUAUUUAGCUUUCUCGUUUGUGAACAUUGAAAGAGGUGAUUAACACGAAAGGCUAAAUCAUUAGAAAUUGUGUGUGAUUUCCAAAGGAAAGACGAAAACCAGGACGUCACUUUGGAAGGACAGUCAUGUGUCUCCUGUUCAAGAGUAAAAGAACAGAACAUCGAAGGCUCACUGUGUAGUUACCUCUUACCAGGUCUGACCGCGCGAAAGUUUUCUUUUGUGAAAAGCAGUUGAUUGGUUGUCUGUGAGACCCGACUGUUAACCUCGAAUACGAGUCAGUCGUCGAACCCAUCAUUCGGAAGUGCUUUUCUGUAGUGGUAGAAUUUUGUUUAUGGAACGUCAGCCAAGAGUUGCUUUACCAAUGACCAGUUCAAAUCAAGAAGAUCCCCCUUCCCCACCCAUAUUCCGCCCAUGGCAGCCUAACUUGCCUUCAACGCCUAGUCCGUCCAACAAAAUCUGUGAUCCAUCUCGUGUUCGUGAGUGCCUUAAUAAACGCCCAGAUUUGAAGAAGAUACAAGAUGAUAUUAACGCAGGGGCUUCGGUGUCCAGACAUGGCCACAGGGCUGCCACGAGCCAUUCACCUUCUUCGGGCAGCGGCAGCUUAAAGCGCCGUCUGGAGGAAGACGGUGCCACCAGUCACGUCGGUCCCAAGUUCCUGAAAGUCGAAAGAGUCGACGGCAAGGAAACAAAACACUGCGCAAUAAAUAAUGUCAUCGGGGAGAUUUGCAAUCGUCCCUCGGAGGGAGCAGUGGACAGCAGCGGAAGCGCUCCCGAGGCGUCGAAAAUCCACAGUCAUUACGUCCAGUAUCACGCUCAGCACGUAAAUGCCCACCUUCCCCAAAUGCCCGCUGCGUUUCCUUUCUCUUCUCCAUUCCCAGGUUUCCCCUUCUUGCCAACUAUGGACAGAUUACCGCCGCUGAGUGGCCCUCUGCAUCGCGACUGCCCGAGCCCUGGAAGGUUACCCUUCGUCAAUGGCGGACUCUUCGGCAGCCUGCCAGGUCCCAGCGUGCUCUCCGGCUUCGAGGCCCUCUCUGGGCCCUUGGUGCCCCUCAUGGACGUCCUCGUUCCCGCGGCAGAAGUAGAGAGGGUGUGUGCCAAAAGGCCGCGCCCGAAGCGCUUCUCCUGCCCUGAGUGCCAGUCGGCCUUCAGCAACAAAGGUCAACUGAAGGGGCACCUUCGCAUCCACACCGGGGAGCGACCCUUCGCCUGCGGCCACCAAGGCUGCGGCAAGAGGUUCACCCGCAACGAGGAGCUCACGCGACACAGGCGCAUCCACAGCGGGGCGCGGCCCUUCCCUUGCCCCCUCUGCGACAAAAGGUUCGGGCGUAAGGACCACCUGAAGAAGCAUAUCAGGACCCACCAGAGACAGACGGUUGUUCCCCCUCAGCCGUUCCUUCUGCAUCAUCUCCAUCACCUGCAGCAGAUCCGGCAUCCAUUGUAGGGACUCGUUCGUGGGGACUUUCGCGCCUUUCAUUUCUCUUGAUAUCACCUCCAGGUGGAUUUGGAAAGAGCCACAAGUUGCAGAACAAAUAUGUUCAAUAGCACAUACGGUUUUGGGGUGUCAUGCUCCCUCUAUUUAUUGACAUACGUAUGUGUACUGAACAUUCUUUUUAUAUGAUUUUAAUUUUGACCAUUUAUUUAUUAUUUUUUAUGCUCUGUAAUUUAUAACUAAUCUAUAAAAAACUAGCUAUUUAUUGUUACGACUCAAAACGCCUAUCCUUAAAAUUUUGUUUUGUAUAUUUCGGUUACUUCCCUAUAACUAGUACUUUAGUCGACAUAUUUUUAAUAACUAAGGUCUCUUCUUUCU